AUGACUUCAUCUUCAGGACAGAAUAAGGUCAUUCAUCCUAGACCAGAUGACCCUUUAUUAUUGCGCUUACAGAAUAUUCAUGUGUCUGAACAUAUUUGGGAUGGUCGGGAUCAUUCUAUUUUGAAGGUUAGGAAGAGUCAAUUUAUUCCAGCUGGUUUGGAUGAUGUUCCAGAGGAGAUUCUUCCAUAUUUAGAGCUUGCAAGAUUUACUGGGAUUGCUCACAUAUGUCAGUUUCCAUUAGACCUCCCGUUGAUCACUGCAUUAGUAGAGAGAUGGAGGCCAGAGACACACACUUUUCACUUGCCUCCAGGCGAGUGUACGAUCACUUUGCAGGAUGUAUCUGUGUUGUUAGGUUUACGAAUUGAUGGAAGACCUGUGAUAGCACCUAUUGGAGUUAAUUAUGCUGAUACUGUUGAGGAAAGCCUAGGGAUUAGACCAUCACGUGAAGAUUUUGUUGGUAGCUUCUUGAAGAUGAGUUAG